CUCACCGCGGUGCUCAGAGUCCCGAGGCCGGCCCUGGUCCUCACCGGCUCCGGGUCCCCGCGCCCGGCCCCCGAGCGGCCACCACAGCCAGAACCCAGCCGCCUCCCAACUAGAGGCUCGGCUCCCAGCCCUGCCGAUCACCUCCUCAGCGCCCACUAGGCCUGUGGGACAGCCCCUUCGGCCCUCUCCAGGAGGUUCUGGAGCCCUGACGUCGGCCCGCCCCGCCUCUGCCACAGGCCAGGCGGCGCUCCUCUCGGGACCUCCGCCUCUGCCCUUGUGGGCUCCAUCAGCUCGGUACCUGGGGCUCCGUAUCCCCCGUCGGGCCCAAGCCUGUGUGGAACAGACAAACAGCUGCAGCUCAACCAAACUCCUACCCCCUUCGCCUCCUCCUCCUCCUCCUCCUCGCCGGGGCGGCUCCAGCCAAUCGCAAGAUCACCCGCCUACCGUGGUGGGUGGGCUAUGUGAGCGUCCGCCCGCCAAUCUUCUGGAGAAAGGCGGGCUCUGAGGGACUAUCACCAACUAGCACAAGUGAGAGACUGGAUUGGCGAGGCCGCAAGCCAAUACCUACACGAGAAGCCUUGAAGAUUGACGGGAUAAGUAGCCAUUAAAGAGAGAGCUCCUGGGAAAGGGGGCAGUGCAUCACUGACAGGCAUGUGCGUCAGCCAAUAGAACCUCAACACCCGUGACACCCCUCCCCCGCCUCUCGACUCGUAAACAUCUAAUCAGGGGCUCGCUCCCACCCCCUGGUACCUUUGGCUGCUGGCAAGAGGACCACUAUGGGUGUCCAGAGAAGGAGCUUCCUUCCCGUGCUUGUGCUGAGUGCUCUGCUGGCUGUGGGGGCCCUAGAAGGAUCCAGGAAUCAGGACUGGCUUGGUGUCCCAAGACAACUUGUAACUAAAACCUGGAACAGGCAGCUGUACCCCGAGUGGACAGAGGUGCAGGGGUCUAACUGCUGGAGAGGUGGCCAGGUAUCUCUGAGGGUCAUUAAUGAUGGGCCUACACUGGUUGGUGCAAAUGCCUCCUUUUCCAUUGCCCUGCACUUCCCUGGAAGUCAAAAGGUACUACCGGAUGGUCAGGUUAUCUGGGCCAACAACACCAUCAUCAAUGGGAGCCAGGUGUGGGGAGGACAGCCAGUGUAUCCACAGGAGCCUGAUGAUGCCUGUGUCUUCCCUGACGGUGGACCCUGCCCAUCUGGUCCUAAACCUCCGAAGAGAAGCUUUGUUUAUGUUUGGAAGACCUGGGGAAAAUACUGGCAAGUUCUGGGGGGUCCAGUGUCCAGGCUGAGCAUUGCUACGGGCCACGCAAAGCUGGGCACACACACAAUGGAAGUGACUGUCUACCACCGACGGGGUUCCCAGAGCUACGUGCCCCUUGCUCACGCCAGUUCAACCUUCACCAUUACUGACCAGGUACCUUUCUCCGUGAGUGUGUCCCAGCUACAGGCCUUGGACGGAGAGACCAAGCACUUCCUGAGAAAUCAUCCUCUCAUCUUUGCCCUUCAGCUCCACGACCCCAGUGGUUAUUUGGCCGAGGCCGACCUCUCCUACACAUGGGACUUUGGAGAUGGUACUGGGACCCUGAUCUCUCGGGCACUUGAUGUCACUCACACUUACCUGGAGUCGGGCUCAGUCACUGCCCAGGUGGUACUGCAGGCUGCCAUUCCUCUUGUUUCCUGUGGUUCCUCCCCAGUCCCGGGUACCACAGAUGGCUACAUGCCAACUGCAGAAGCACCUGGAACCACAUCUAGGCAAGGAACCACUACAAAAGUUGUGGGUACUACACCUGGCCAGAUGCCAACUACACAGCCCUCUGGAACCACAGUUGUACAAAUGCCAACCACAGAGGUCACAGCUACUACAUCUGAGCAGAUGCUGACCUCAGCGGUCAUAGAUACCACACUGGCAGAGGUGUCAACUACAGAGGGUACAGGUACCACACCCACAAGGCCUUCUGGAACCACCGUUGCACAAGCAACAACCACAGAGGGUCCAGAUGCCAGCCCAUUGCUGCCCACACAAAGUUCUACAGGGUCCAUUAGCCCUCUACUGGAUGACACCGACACCAUAAUGCUUGUGAAGAGACAAGUUCCCCUGGACUGUGUUCUAUAUCGAUAUGGUUCUUUCUCCCUCGCCCUGGACAUUGUCCAGGGUAUUGAAAGUGCUGAGAUCCUGCAGGCUGUGCCAUUCAGUGAAGGGGAUGCAUUUGAGCUGACUGUGUCCUGCCAAGGCGGGCUACCCAAGGAAGCCUGUAUGGACAUUUCAUCACCAGGGUGCCAGCCCCCUGCCCAGAGGCUGUGCCAGUCUGUUCCACCGAGCCCAGACUGCCAGCUGGUUCUACACCAAGUGCUGAAAGGUGGCUCAGGGACAUAUUGCCUCAAUGUGUCUUUGGCUGACGCCAACAGCCUGGCAGUGGCCAGCACCCAACUUGUUGUUCCUGGUCAAGACGGUGGCCUUGGGCAGGCUCCCUUGCUUGUAGGUAUCUUGCUGGUGUUGGUGGCUGUGGUCCUUGCAUCUCUGAUACAUAGGCAUAGACUUAAGAAGCAGGGCUCAGUUUCCCAAAUGCCACAUGGUAGCACUCACUGGCUGCGCCUGCCUCCGGUCUUCCGCGCCCGCGGCCUUGGAGAAAACAGCCCGCUCCUCAGUGGACAGCAGGUCUGAUCAUUCUCAAGGCACCGUGGAUUUCCUGGGGUUGACAGCAGUGCCUGUGUUUUCUGCAGUCUUCCCUUCGAGACUACCAAUAUCUGAAAUAAAUUCUCAGAACCUUG